GAAGAGAACAGCCAUAGUAGAAAACCGCGGUCGCCACCAACUUUGACUCUGUCAUAAAUUAGUUUACUUAGUUGGUUCAUUCUUAUUUAAACGGCCAAAUCCUUUGUUACAAAAUAUAAAGAUGAAAAUGAAGAACGUUAGUUUGAUUUUAUUGAUUUUUGUUUUGGUGGAAGUGAUAUGGUGUGAAGGGUGUUGGAAGGAAGAGAGAGAAGCUCUUUUGGGUCUAAAUGCCCGUUUUGGCUUCCCUUUGUCUUGGCAGUGGGAAGGCACAAAUUGUUGUGAAUGGGAAGGAGUAGAGUGCAACUCUUCCACAGAGAGAGUGGCCAAGCUUGAUCUUCAGCGCCUAUGGAGUGUAGCGUUCUUUCCGUCAGAUUGGCAUUUAAAUUACGCUGAUCUUGCUGUCUUCAAAGAUUUGAAGAGUCUCAACUUGAGCCGUAGUUCUGGGAUAUUUGAUUGUGCAGACAGUGAAGGGUGGGAAAAUCUGGAAGUCCUUGACUUGAGUGACAGUAAUAUAGAUAAUGUCACCGACAUUCUUGUUUGUUUGAAUGGCCUUCCAUCUCUCAAGUCUCUGUAUUUAUCAUACAACAGUUUCCAUGCAACAUUCAACGCUUUCGAAACUCUGUCAUCGAAGUUGCUUAGAUUAGAGGUCCUUGACAUAAGUCAGAACUCUUUGACUAAUGACAUCUUGCCAUCUCUCGGGGGAUUCACAUCUAUGAAGGAACUGUAUUUGUCUGACACUGGAUUGGACUCAGAUAGUCACAUCCAAGGUUUAUGCUCUAUGUUGAAGAAUCUUGAGGUCUUAGACUUGUCUUACAACAACUUCAGUGACAGUGAUAUUGCAUCUGCUCUUAGUGGACUUUCAUCUCUCAAGUCUUUAAAUUUAGGAUACACUCAAUUGACUCCAAGAUCAAUUCUUAGUAUGUCACACUUCCUAUAUUUCAAAUCUUCGUUGUUGCUUUUGGUUGAAAAUAUAUGCGAGUGUGAUCAGGUUAUAUGUUGCCAGAUAUAUCAAAAAUAAGGUCUUUGGAGAUUCUCACAUAGAGGGGAACCAGUUGAAUGAGAGUAUCUUGCGGCGUUUAGCGAAUGAUGGAUUUACAUGGCCAACCAAUUUACAAGUCCUGAAGCUGAGUUCGAACAGUUUCACCAAUGAAUUUCUGUCAUCUCUAACUGGGCUGCAACAUCUCAAAUUCCUUGAUUUAAACUACAAUCAAUUAAACGGGUCGCUCGAUAUAAGUGGAUUAUCGGCUUUAACCAGUUUGGAGAAUCUUGAUAUAAGUAAUAACCGAAUUAACAGUUUUGUUGUCCAUCAAGUUUCAGGCUCAAAAAGUCUAAGCAAAUUGGAAGUCUUUACCUUUGAUUACAAUCUGAUAAAUGGAAGCAAACUGAGGGAAUCACUACAAGCUUUCUCAUCUAUUAGGGUGCUUUCUAUGAAGAGUAAUAAGAUUAUAGGAACAAUCAAUGCAGGAGAUUUUCGUGAUUUAAGUAACCUUGAACAAUUGACACUGGACAAUAAUUAUGACCUUGACAAUGAGUUUUUCAGAAAUAUUGGGGAAUUGACUUCUCUGAAAGUUUUGUCUGUUUUUGGAUGUGGAAUAAACGACACCCUUCCUCCAGCUGAUUGGUUUAAGCUGAAGAAUCUCGAAGAGUUAGAUCUAAGUCAAAAUCAAUUUGAGGGAUCACUUCCUUCGUCUUUCUUAAACAUGACAUCUCUUCGAAAGUUGGAACUUUCACGAAAUAAAUUUAGUGGACAAUUUGAUUCUAACAUUGCUAGUCUUACAUCACUUGAAUAUUUUGGUUUUAAAGACAAUCAAUUUGAAGUUCCUGUUUCUUUUACACCAUUUGCCAAUCAUUCAAACCUUAAGUUCAUAUAUGGUGAAGGCAACAAAGUCAUAUUGGACUUACAACCUAGUCUGCAAACUUGGAUUCCUCAAUUUCAAUUACAAGUGCUUAGUUUGCCUUCAAUUACUAAUACCGAUUCUCUUCCGCUCCCCAGGUUUCUUCUAUAUCAAAACAAUUUGACUAGCUUAGAUUUCUCUAGUUGGAGGUUGGAAGGAACAUUUCCUCACUGGUUGUUUAACAACAACACAAAAUUGACUGAGCUUCUUGUUAGAAAUUGCUCUUUCACAGGUGAUAUCCUGCUACCAUUGCAUCCCCUUACUAACAUGAGGAGAAUUGAUGUGUCCAACAAUAACAUAACCGGACAAAUCCCCAGUAAUAUUAGUUCUAUUUUACCAAAUUUGCAAUUUCUAAACUUGUCUAUAAACCACAUCCAAGGUUCAAUUCCUGUUGGGUUUGGGCAAAUGAGCUUAUUGGAUACUUUGGAUCUUUCAGAUAAUUAUUUAUCAGGAGAAAUUCCAAAGAACAUAUCUGGAGAUGGGUCAGUGCUCAAAUACUUGAAACUUUCACACAAUAAGCUAGAUGGACCCAUAUUUCCAAAUUUGAAAUACUUGGAGGAGUUGUAUUUAGAUGACAAUAGCUUUUAUGGUAGCAUACCAAGUAGCUUUCUGGACUCAUCUCUCAUUUACUUGGAUCUAAGCUAUAAUAAUUUAGUGGGGAAACUACCAAGUGUGGUUGGAAAUUUGUCAUACUUGCGAACACUUUCGUUGUCCAACAAUCAUCUUGAAGGGUCUAUUCCGACAAGGCUAGUGGAACUUGAAUAUCUAUCGUAUCUAGAUAUCUCAGUCAAUAAUUUGACGGGUUCUGUGCCAUCUUUUGUCAAUGCUUCGGUGAAUUACAUCCAUUUGAACAACAACAGGUUAAGUGGUUUAUCCAAAAGAAUGUUCAGCAAAAGAUCUUUCUUAAUGAUGCUAGACCUUAGCUACAAUGAAAUAAUUGGUAGCAUUCAAGAUAUGAUGCAAGACCUUUCUCAUACAAGGUUGAACAUACUCCUUUUGAAAGGUAACCGCUUUACAGGGCAUUUACCAGUGCAACUAUGCCAAUUGGUAGAUUUAAAUAUAUUGGACCUUUCUUAUAAUAAUUUUUUUGGUCCAAUACCCAAUUGCUUAGGUAAAAUGCCUUUUGAGAAUGAUGACCCGGACUCAUUAAGGGGUGCAUUCAAUGGGUUUAUUCAUGGAGAAAAUGCACAUUCAGGGGUUUUGGUACGAAAUAUAAACGAGGAAGCAAACUUCACUACGAAGGAAAGAUCCUACACAUAUACAUCAAGCAUCCUUGCUUAUAUGUCUGGAAUUGAUUUAUCAAAAAAUAAACUAAAUGGAAGUAUUCCAUUUGAGCUUGGAAACUUGACAAGACUUCGAGCAUUGAACUUGUCUCAUAAUGAUUUGAUUGGACAAAUUCCAACUACAUUCUCCAAUUUAAUACAUGUAGAAAGUUUGGAUCUUUCUUUUAACAUGUUGAGUGGUCAAAUUCCUCCUCAACUAAAUCAGUUGAGUUCUCUUGCUGUAUUUAGUGUUGCACAUAACAACUUAUCAGGGGAUACACCUGAGCAAAAAGGCCAAUUUAUUACCUUUGAUGAAAGGAGCUACGAAGGGAAUUCUCUUCUUUGUGGACCUCCAUUGCUAAAAAGUUGUCAUCCUUAUGCACAAUCACCUACCAUUUCUCCAAAUGACGAAGACAAUGACAGUCCUGUUGACAUGCAUGCUUUUGUUGUAAGUUUUGGUGUGGCAUACAUAUCGAUAUUGUUAGUAAUUUUUGCCACUCUCUACGUCAAUCCUUAUUGGAGGCGAUCAUGGUUUUCCUCUAUGGAAUUGAUCAUCUUGAGUUGUUAUUACUUUAUGCAAGAUAGCUGGAGGAGGUUUUCAAAUUCUAGAAAUUUGUAAUAUAGUUUAUCUUUUAUGCCUUAGAUUGACUUGUUAUUUGCUAUGAAUUGAUUUAUACAGUAAAAAUAUUAAAAGUUGAAUGGAUCGUGUUGUCUCGCGUCAUUGAAUAGACCAUGAAUUUGUAUCCUAA